AUGGCUCAAAUGGACUAUCACUUUGUGGGAACCCACACUCGCUAUUCAAGCUGGACGUCAAGGGUGGAGGCCGUCUUGGAGUAUUUCCAGAUUCCUCAUAGCUCCCAGAUUAUCAAACUAUCUGAUGUGAAGAAAGUCUCUCCAACUGGUCUAGUGCCUUACCUCCAAUGCCGCUCAAUGGGAUCCACCAUUAUCAGUGAUUCGCUAGCAAUCUGUGAAUUCCUUGCGGAGUCGAAUCCCGAUCUUGCUCUCUGGCCUCGCGACCGUCAACUCAGAGCGUUGGCCCGCAGCGCUGCCGCCCAGAUGCACUCGGGCUUUUCCACUCUGCGAAACCUAUAUAGCACCAACUUCAUCGCUCGCUACACCGGCAACGUGCCGAUUCCAGAAGAGGCCGUGAAAGAUAUCAACCGCAUGUUGGCUCUGUGGGAUGAAGCUCGCAAGGCUACGAAGGAGCGCCUUGCCAUUCUCGGUGAAGCCGACGAAGGUUUCCUGUUUGGAGGAUUUAGUAUUGCCGAUGCAUUCUUCUGGCCGGUUCUUUGGCGAUUCCGAACCUAUGGCCUUCCUCUGACAUCUGCGACUCAGGACGCUCUUGCGUGGAUGGCUACCAUGUGGAAUGACCCCGCAUUCCGGUCCCUGACCGCGAAGUACUACUUGCAGGCCAAGGACCCGGAAACUCGCAUUGAGCAUUAUGAUGACAUCUACCGUGGUAGUGAGGACAUUCACUACGAUCAGUUCCCUGAGGACUGGACAUUCUCUGCAUCUCAGUGA